AUGGCCCGCCACUCACACGGCGGGUCCUGGGAAACCUGCGAAGGAACCUGCGGGAAGUGCCGAGAUUCUCGGGUCCUCUCCUCGCGGAGCCGAGCUCGCUCCUGGAGGGCAGCCAGUCGCUGCUCACAGGUGCAUGGGAGGGAGGACGAGAGGGAACUGGAGGCUGAGGUGAGCAGUGGCACAAUGGGUGCACUCCUGGACCACAGAGGCGCAGAGUUGCCGCCCGCGCACGGCAUCGUCUGGCCUGGGAGCGCCGGCCUCCUGAAGCUGCAGGAGGGAGGCUGGGCCGGGCACGCGAUGCAGAUGUCUUUCAAACGUUUUUGGCAGCACACGCGCAAGUCAUGCCAUUUAGGCACGGUCGCAAUUCGUCGAGAU